GGGGCCCCGUCCCGGUCCCGUCCCCUCCCUCUCGCUGCCCACGUGCGAUCCCCGCCGCGCCGGACGUGACGCACGGCGGCCGCGCCGAGGCGGUGGCGGCGAGGCGGCAGCAUGGUGAUGGCGGCGGCGGGCGCGCACCGGCCCGGGCCGCUCAAGCAGCAGAACAAGGCGCACAAGGGCGGCAAGCACAGCGGCUCCUCGCAGCGCCGCGCUGGAGGCCGCGUCCCCGUCAAGGCCCAGCCUCGCCGGCGGCUCCGCGACCUGAACAGGGUGGACCGGCGGCAUCAGGCGCUGCAGCUCCGCCGGCAGCGCAAGGAGGCGGUGCUGGCGGAGAAGCGCAGCCUUGGCAGCAGGGACGGGCCCCCGCACCUCGUGGCUGUGGUGCUGCUGCACGGCAGGGCUGCAGCCCGGGACUCCCUGCGGCUGCUGCAGAGCCACGACUCGGCCGUUGUCCGUGCAGAUGAGGGCGGAGCUGGUGGCUUUGCCCUGCUCUGCCCCCGGCUCAAGCAGCGCUGGCGCUUUGUCACGGCCCAGGCAGGGGAUCUUCACGCUGUUUUAGACCUUGCCAAGGUUGCUGACUCCCUGCUGUUCAUCCUGGACCCUGUGGAUGGCUGGGACAGUGCAGGGGAACACUGCCUCUCCUGCCUCUUCGCACAGGGGCUCCCCAGUUAUGCUCUGGCUGUCCCGGGAGGCACUGACCUGCCCCCUAAGAAGAGGAUAGACGCCAGGAAGAAACUCUCCAAAUCCAUUGAGAAGCGUUUCCCCGAGGCCAAGCUGUUCCCACUGAACACGGAGCAGGAAUCCUCGCUGCUCCUGAGGCACCUCAGCUCCCAGAAGCAGAGGCACCUGGCUUUCCGGGACCGCCGCGCUCACCUGCUGGCCCGUGCUGCCGAGUUUGUGCCCAGCCAGGACAGCGACCUGCUCGGCACCCUGAAGGUGUCCGGCUUUGUCCGGGGACAGACCCUCAACGUGAACAGCCUGGUGCACAUCGUGGGGCACGGGGACUUCCAGCUGAGCCAGGUGGAUGCUCCCCCUGACCCGCUCUCUUUGAACCCACGGGUGGUUAAAGCACAGAAGAGGAGUCAGGACAUGGAGGUUCAGGACGACUCUGGAAAUGGUGCUGUUGAGAUGGAGGAAGAUGUCAAGGUGCUGAUGAAGGCAGAUCCAAGCAAGCAGGAGUCUCUGCAGUCAGAAGUGGUUCCUGAUCCCAUGGAAGGGGAGCAGACGUGGCCCACUGAAGAAGAACUGCAGGAAGCAGAGGAAUCUCUGAAGGCAAACAGGAGGGUGGUGAAGGUCCCCAAAGGCACAUCCAAGUACCAGGCUGCCUGGAUUGUGGAUGAUGGAGAAGAAGGAAGUGAGAAAGAUGAUGAUGAUGAUGAAGAUGACGACAUGGAUGAUGAUCUGAUGGAAGAGGCAGUUUCUCAGGAGGGGGAGAGCAGUGAGGAGGAAGCUGGGGAGGAGGAGAGUGAGACCAUGACCGUGUCCGAGUGCCUGCGGGACGACCAGUACGACGAGAAGAUGGAGGAGGACGAGCAGAUGCUGGAGAGAUACAAGCAGGAGAGGAUGGAUGAGAUGUUUCCAGAUGAGGUGGACACGCCACGGGAUGUGCCUGCCAGAGUCAGAUUCCAGAAGUACAGGGGCCUGAAGAGCUUCCGGACUUCUCCUUGGGACCCCAAAGAGAAUCUUCCAAGGGAUUAUGCCAGGAUCUUCCAGUUCCAGGACUUCUCCCGAACCAGAAAGAACCUCUUCAGGCAAAUAGAGAAGGAGGAGACCGAAGGAGCUUCGGUGGGCUGGUACGUUACACUUCAUGUCUGCAAUGUCCCUGUCUCGGUGAUGGAGAGCUUCAAGGAGGGGAAACCCCUGGUCCUGUUCUCACUGCUUCCCCACGAACAAAAAAUGUCCGUGUUGAACUUCCUGGUGCGUCGGCAUCCGGGCAACAGCGAGCCAGUGAGGGCCAAGGAGGAGCUGAUCUUCCACUGCGGGUUCAGACGCUUCCGAGCAUCCCCCCUGUUCUCCCAGCACACCUCAGCUGAUAAGCACAAGCUGGAGCGUUUCCUGCGCCCAGAUGCUGCCUUGGUGGUGACUGUCUACGCUCCCAUCACUUUCCCUCCUGCCUCAGUGCUGCUUUUCAAACAGAGAACUAAUGGAAUGCACGACCUCAUUGCCACGGGCUCCCUGCUCUCCGUGGACCCCGACAGGAUCGUCAUCAAGCGCCUGGUGCUCAGUGGCCACCCCUUCAAGAUCUUCACCAAGACGGCUGUCGUGCGAUACAUGUUCUUCAACAGAGAGGAUGUGAUGUGGUUCAAGCCCGUGGAGCUGAGGACAAAGUGGGGACGCAGAGGGCACAUCAAGGAGCCACUAGGGACCCAUGGCCACAUGAAGUGCCACUUUGAUGGGCAGCUCAAGUCCCAGGACACGGUGCUGCUGAACCUCUACAAGCGUGUUUUUCCCAAAUGGACUUACGACCCUCAUGUCCCGGAGCCUGUGCCGUGGGUGAGGAGUGAGAGUGCACUGCCAGAGCAGGAGGUGGAGAUGGAAUGAGUCUCCAGCAUGGCUGGAGUUUGUGCCUUGGCUCCCUGGAUGCUGUUCUUGGCCCGUGCACUGUGAGGACAGCACUGAUGCCUUGGACGUGUUACUGCUGGGGUCUGUACAGGGGCAGCUGCUGCUCAGGUACCAGCUAUAGCUAUUUAUUUUAAUGGAAAAUGUCAAAAAUG